UCUUUGACAAGUACCCUUCAUAAGGAGGCCUCUACAUCUAUUUUUGCUAUUUCAGACAUUUCUUCUUGUGAUUGGUGUGGUGGGCGUGAUGGUGGCUGCGAUUCCUUGGAUUGCUAUACCUGUGAUUCUGCUUGGCAUCAUUUUCUUUGUUCUCCAGUGGUAUUUCUUAAGGACGUCACGAGAUGUGAAACGCCUGGAAUGUACAACACGGAGCCCAGUGUUUUCCCACUUAGCAUCUUCUCUGCGGGGACUCUGGACCAUCCGGGCGUACAAAGCUGAACAGAGGUUUCAGGAGCUGUUCGAUGCAUAUCAGGAUUUGCACUCAGCUUUGGAUCUCGGGCAGGUUGGCCUGGUGCUGUCUCUCACCGUCACACUCACGGGGAUGUUCCAGUGGUGCGUCAGGCAAAGUGCUGAAGUGGAGAAUAUGAUGAUUUCAGUAGAAAGAGUGAUUGAAUAUACAGACCUUGAGAAAGAAGCGCCCUGGGAAUAUGAGUAUCGUCCACCACCAUCCUGGCCCCAUGUAGGAUGGAUUUACUUUUCUGAUAUUAACUUCAGGUACAGCUUGGAUGGGCCUCUGGUAUUGAAGAACGUGUACACGGUCAUUGACCCAAGAGCAAAGCUUGAGGCCCUUGGCCUGGACCAGGGCAGAGUCUUGAAGAAGAGAAUAAACCAGAGCAGACAAGUUGGUAGGAAGCUCCUCUUCACCUCCCUCGGCAGCCAGAACGUCUCCUGA